AUGCUCACUUUAGACUCGCAGUUGGACAAGCAGACCUCGAUUGACCAUGGUGCGAAGCCUUUCGUUGAAUCCGAAUUGAGGAGGAGUCUCUGCAGCGUUGCCACUCGCGACUUCAAGUUUGUCGCAAGGGAUCAGGAUUUCCCAUCGCAGAGCGAGGGCGAUGGUCGUGAGAUGUCCCAUACUUGUGUCUUUGAAUUUCUCAUUCUGAAGAUGUUCGCACAUGGUAACUCGAAGAAGUUCCAGGACGCUCUCAAUAUGAGUGGCCGUGCUGCUUAA